GGAAGGGAAUACUAGAACUCAAACUGCCCCCGACGGGAAUUGAACUCCCGACCUCUUGGAUAAUCGGGUGACUCCACAAUCGAAGCUAGUUGCUUCAUCAAACUCCUAUUGCACUAUCUCUGGAACUUUGGAUCGGAUCUGUAUUCAUAUUGAUACAUCUUCCCCUGUUAUUAUGCAUGCAUUUUUUUAUGCUGACUAGGCAGGAGAUAGAUGACUGUCACUCUACCAUGGGAUAUCUUGUCUGUCUUGAGAAAGAACACAUCUUGUGGACUUCCACAAAACAAUGUGACAGAGUUCAAAUGCGGAGGAGUGUCCUUAGGUGUGGGAAUGCAACACCAUGUGGCAGACGGAGCUUCAGGCCUACACUUCAUCAAUACCUGGUCGGACAUGGCCCGCGGCCUCGACCUCACCCUCCCACCUUUCAUUGACAGGACGCUCCUCCGAGCGCGAGACCCUCCUCAGCCGCAGUUCCAGCAUGUCGAGUACCAAGCGCCUCCCAGCCUUAUCGACGACAGCGCCGCAUUGCAGCAGGCUGCAGCUGAGCAGGUGGCAGCCGUGUCCAUAUUCAGACUUUCCAAAGACCAAAUAUGUGCUCUCAAAGGCAAAUCAAAGGGAGGCAGUACUGGCGUGUAUAGCUCUUACGAAAUGUUGUCAGGUCAUGUGUGGCGUUGCGCUUGCAAGGCACGAGGGCUGAAUGAGGAUCAAGAAACCAAACUGUACAUAGCCACGGACGGGAGGUCGAGGCUGAGACCCCCUCUCCCGCCAGGCUAUUUUGGAAACGUGAUAUUCACGGCCACUCCCAUUGCACUCUCCGGAGAUCUGCAGGCGAAGCCCGCAUGGUUUGCCGCUAGCAAGAUCCAUGACGCGCUGAGCAGGAUGGACGACAGCUACUUGAGAUCGGCACUUGACUACUUGGAAGCUCAGCCCGACCUCAAGGCCCUUGUGCGUGGGGCUCACACAUUUAGGUGCCCCAACCUCGGGAUCACGAGCUGGGCCAGGCUGCCCAUCCACGAUGCCGAUUUCGGGUGGGGAAGGCCGGUUUUUAUGGGACCUGGUGGCAUCGCAUACGAAGGGCUAAGCUUCAUACUCCCAAGUCCCACUAACGAUGGUAGCUUAUCUGUGGCUAUUUCUUUACAGUCUCGUCAUAUGAAGCUUUUCAAAGAUUUUCUGUACGAUAUCUGAUCGCGCGAAGACAUUAAUUAUCAGAUGCAUGUUCUUGCAAUUCGCAUGUAUGUGGGGGCUGCCUAUUUCCCCCUUGGACAUUAUGUGGAUAAUAUAUACUCCAACUCCUAUGUCUGUGUGUACAUAAUGGACAAAAGCCCUCACCAGCACCUAGCUUACUGAGGGGGUUUCGAUCAAUCGAUCAGUUUAGUGACUUUACCAUCACAUACACACUACAAUUGAUGCACUUCAUCUCACGUCUCAACCUAUUAAAUCACGUAUCAUGUCUAAAAUUAACAGCACGACUUUGUGCAUAGAAAGGGCUGGGGAAAGAUCAUUUUGUUAUAAAUAUUGACAAUAUAUAUGGAUUGUGCGUUAAUUAAGAUUGGCCAUGGCCGGGGAGGAUCGAUGUAUGUACGGGAUAUAGUGGGAUGAAAUGUAGGGAAUUUCCACCAUCUUUCUUGGAAGUUGUCAAGAGAAUUUCACACCUUCUUGGAAGGAGCUCUCCAAGAUAUAAACAUGACAGAAGAUAUGACGAUAACUAUGGAAGCUUGAAUGCAACUUUCUCUUGUCUCCAAACUAGCCUAUAAAUAGAGUGUUCUAUUGUUGUUCAUAUCAUCAGUUUUAGAAAGUGAGAAAAGUGUGUGAAGUGUAUUGGUUAGGAUUGGUUUUUUGUAAUAGUUGAGUGUGAGAGUUUGCUCCUCCUAUUGUAAUUCUGUUCUUGAUAUUGAAUAGAAGAAUUUUCCAAUUCCAACAAGUGGUAUUAGAGCGAGGUUGAGUUUCCA